AUGCCUCAAAAAGCUAUUGUGGUUACAGCCCCCGGCAAAGCCUCCCUCGUAUCAGACCGUCCUCUCCCCGCCCUACGCGAUGACUAUAUUCGUGUCAAAACCAUCAGCGUCGCAUUAAACCCGACAGACUGGAAAGGCAUCGACCAGCGGGGCGCCAUCGGAGGCAUCGUGGGAUGCGACUACGCCGGCAUCGUAGAGGAAGUCGGUCCCGCAGUGUCCAACUCCUUCUGCAAAGGUGAUCGCAUCUGCGGCUUCGCCCACGGCUGUAACAACCUGCAACUGGAAGACGGCGGCUUCGCAGAACAUAUCGUGGUUAAAGGCGCCGCGGCGAGUCCUAUCCCGGACUCUUUGAGCUACUCAGAAGCAGCCACACUGGGGGUUGGUAUCGCCACUGUUGCUCUCAUGUAUCAGAGUCUGGGACUGGCUCUACCUUCUCGUCCGAUUUCGUCAACCGAGCCUGAACCUAUCCUUAUAUAUGGUGGUUCAACAGCCACAGGAUCCCUGGCUAUCCAAUUCGCUAAGUUAUCAGGCUACACGGUGCUGACGACCUGUUCACCGCGGAAUUUUGACUUCGUCACGCGGCUGGGAGCGGACGUUGUUUUCGACUAUCAUGACCCCAACGUCGCAAAUACCAUCCGGGAAUUGACGAAGGAUAACCUCCGACACGUCUUCGACACGAUCAGUCUCAAGGACACAGCCCGGUUCUGUGACGCCGCGCUGUCGACUCACGGUGGGGAGUACGUUUCCCUGUUAUUGAGUGGUAUUGAGAGGGAGAAUGUCCGGGACCGAUGCAUCGUUGCGUAUACCACCCUCGGUGAGUACUUUACGUACGGUCCUAUCGAGGUCCCUGCGAAGCCGGAAGACGUGUCCUUUGCUGCGAAUUUCUGGAAGCUUGCGUACGGCCUGUUGGACGAAGGGAAGGUAAGGCCUCAUCCGCAGAGGAUUGGAAAGGAAGGGCUGCAGGGUGUGUUGGAGGGAUUGAAGCUGAUGAAGGAUGAGAUGGUUAGUGGGGAGAAACUGGUGUAUAAUGUGGCAGAUACUCCAUGA